UUCGGGUGGCAGAAAAAGGCUUUAUAGUAAUUGAUUAUCCUUCUGAAAUUUAUGAAAUAUCUGAUACACAUGAAUGUAUUGAUGGAAAUCAGUUACUUUAUUUAAUAAUUAAUAUUGAUACAAGGCAAAAGCCUGAUUCUACUAAUCUUAAACUCCCUUCUUUAAAUAGUGAAAAAAUUACUCGUCAAGAUUUG